AGUCCCAUUUUGAUUCUCUUCUUUCUCCAUUUCUCAGUCACCGGUUCACCGUCUAAUCUUUGUUUCAAAAGCUUUCACUUUUCAAUGAGAAAAACCGAUCCCUAUCCACAACCCGAACCCGAACCAUCAAAUCCAAAUCCAAACCCAAAUCCAAAUCCGUUCUUCUAUUCAUAUUCCGGGUCGAGACUAUGAGCGCCGUGAACAUCACAAACGUCGCCGUUUUGGACAACCCAGCCACGUUUCUCAAACCCUUUCAGUUCGAGAUCUCCUACGAGUGCUUGACCCCUCUCAAAGACGAUUUGGAAUGGAAACUCAUUUAUGUGGGAUCUGCUGAGGAUGAGACAUAUGACCAACUUCUUGAAAGUGUGCUUGUUGGGCCAGUCAACAUUGGCAACUACCGAUUUGUCCUUCAGGCAGACCCUCCAGACCCAUCAAAAAUCCGUGAUGAAGAUAUCAUUGGCGUCACAGUACUGCUAUUGACAUGUUCUUAUCUUGGACAAGAGUUUAUUCGAGUUGGAUACUAUGUGAACAACGAUUAUGAUGACGAACAGCUAAGAGAGGAGCCUCCACCAAAGGUUUCGGUUGAUAGGGUUCAAAGAAAUAUUUUGGCCGACAAGCCCAGGGUCACAAAGUUCCCAAUCAAUUUUCAUCCUGAGAACAAUGAACAUGGUGAAGAACCCCCACCUUUAGCUGAGAAUGCCAUUGAGACCAAUGCAAAUGGAGAAGAACCACUCCCCUCACCUGAAGGACCAGCCAUUGAGCACUAGGUUGUAAAUUGAAGCAACUGCAUGACAUAUUGUGACAUUUUGACUUCAAAUUUUAACUACUGAUGAUUUUGGGUGAAACUGGUUUUCCAAAUCUCAAACAUCUCCAUCCAUGAUAUGCUUUUGUGACCGUGAUCUACUGUGAAUUUCCAGUUGGAAUGUGUUGUACAAUCACUGUACUUGGGUUGCGAUGUGGUACAUAAUGGGUUAAAGAUUUUGUAUGCCAUGAAAAUUAAAGUUUAGGUUUUGUUUUUUGAAAGUCUUUCAUCACUUGGUCUUGUAAAAUUUUCCAAUUUUAUUGGAAAGACAGUUGAAUGUUUACUGUGUUCUUUGGAGACAGUAAAUCAUAUGAAGUGAAUUGGAACUGAAUGUAACCUA